AUGGAAGCCCCUUCAAUCGCCGGCAGCGCAGCAACCACCGCUGGUGCUGCUGGUGCUGCCGGUUCAGCAGGAGCAACAGGAGCAGGCACAGGCGCCCCUCCCCCUAUGAGCAUCGUCGACGCCGCGAGUGCUGCUCUCUCCGGCCGCAGCGCAGCUGCUGCCAAGGCCACCGACGAGAAGAAAGCCCAUGCGCGCGUAGCAGCGCACGCAGCAGGGCAGCGGGUGCCUAUCAAAGAAAACACAAAGCUGGUCCGAAGCGCGUAUACGUCCGGAGCGACGACGCGGUCGUUUACGUCUACGGUGUAUGAGCCGGUGACGACAACGGAGUAUGAGAUGGUGAGGGUGGAGAAGAAACCGAAGAAGAAGGGGUACUGUAGGGUGCACACGAGUGCGGGCGAUUUGAACGUGGAGCUGCAUUGUGAUAUUGUCCCACGGACGUGUGAGAACUUCUUGACGCUCGCGGAGAGGGGGUACUAUAAUGGCACCAUCUUCCACCGCUGCAUUCGAAAUUUCAUGAUCCAAGGAGGAGACCCCACCGGAACCGGCAAGGGAGGGCAGUCGGCGUGGGGAAAGGCGUUUCAGGACGAGUUUGACUCGCGGCUGGGCCACAGCGAGAGGGGCGUGCUCUCCAUGGCCAACAGCGGCCCUCACUCCAACGGAUCGCAGUUCUUUGUGCUCUUCAAGUCGGCGCCUCACCUGAACUACAAGCACUCGGUAUUCGGCCGCGUGGUGGGGGGCUUGGACACGCUAGCUGCCAUGGAGAGGAGUGCUGUAGAUGAUAAAGACAGGCCCCUGCACUCCGUGUUCGGGCGCGUGGUGGGGGGCAUGGAGACCCUGACUGCCAUGGAGAGGAGUGCCGUGGACGAUAAAGACAGGCCCCUGCGCACCUUGCCUCACCGCGCUCCUCCUCAACUGCAGGCAAUCUGUAGCGGUCCAUGUUCCCUGUGUAAACCCAUCACGAUAGAGAGCAUCACAGUGUUUGUGAACCCGUACACAGAGAAACCCAUCACAAUAGAGAGCAUCACCGUGUUUGUGAUGGGGAGGCAUGAUGAGAGCACAUCCCUCUGUUCUGUCCCCAUGCCUCCCCAUGUGCUCCUGCAGAAACCAGUCACCAUCGAGAGCAUCACAGUGUUUGUGAAUCCGUACACGGAGGUGGAUGCAGAGGCAGAGGCGGAGGAGGCAGCAGCGAGGGAGAAGGAGAAGGAGAGGAAGGGCAAGGAGCUGACGUGGGAGGAGCAACAGGAGUUGGUACGUUGCCGCGUGUGCUUCUGCUAUGUUUGUGUGUAA